ACUAGUAUUCCACAAACCAAACACAGUAAUGAGGGUUUCUGGUGUAAGAGAAGGAUCUGUGAAUCUUGACAGGGAUGAGCGUGCCGUAGCUUCUUCGGACUACGACAGCACCUACGACAGCACCUACGAGACCAACCACAGUGACAGCAGCGACUUUGCACAGAAUGAAGAGGAUGGAGAAGGAGGCAAGAAGCCACCUGAAGCAAGGGAAGGUUGCAGGGAGUAUUUGGCAGAGGGUAUCGUUCUUCACCCGCUCCUGCCAUCACCGGAGGACAAGCCGGUCCUGGCCCAGGAGCCUCUGCUGAUGGAGGGGCUAGAGCCUCUGAUGAGUCAACUCAACAACUGGAACUUUCCCAUUUUCAGUCUAGUGGAGAAGACCCACAGCAAGACAGGCUGCAUCCUCAGUCAGGUCUCGUAUAGGCUCUUUGAGGACGCCGGUCUGUUUGAGACCUUCAGAAUUCCCGUACAAGAGUUCAUGAACUACUUCCAUGCUUUGGAGAAUGGAUACAGGGUCAUCCCUUAUCACAACCGGAUCCAUGCCACUGACGUACUUCAUGCUGUUUGGUACCUCACCACGCAGCCUGUGCCAGGCCUGCCCGCCCUGCUGACUGAGAAUGGGAUACACAUUGACUCAGAGAAUGGCAUUACACCUGGUGCCACAGGCUUCCUGGUGUCCAAGAUGAACUCUGUGCUGGAGGAAAGCUAUGGCUCCCUGGCUGGCCUUAUCCCUGCCUUGGAGCUCAUGGCCCUGUAUGUAGCCGCUGCCAUGCACGACUAUGACCAUCCCGGAAGAACCAACGCCUUCCUAGUAGCUACCAGUGCACCACAGGCUCUUCUAUACAAUGAUCGUUCAGUCUUGGAAAAUCACCAUGCGGCAUCAGCGUGGAACCUCUUCAUGUCUCGACCUGAGUAUAACUUCCUGGUUAACCUUGAACAUGUGGAGUUCAAGCGCUUCCGCUUCCUAGUCAUCGAAGCCAUCCUGGCCACCGACCUCAAAAAGCACUUUGAUUUCCUUGCAGAGUUUAAUGCAAAGGUGGGUGAUGAAGGAGUGUCCGGUAUUGAUUGGACCAACGAAAACGACAGAUUGCUGGUGUGCCAGAUGUGCAUCAAGCUAGCUGAUGUCAAUGGGCCGCUGAAGUGUAAGGAGCUGCACCUGCAGUGGACGGAGGGGAUCGUCAACGAGUUCUACGAACAAGGUGACGAAGAAGCAAGCCUGGGACUUCCCAUCAGCCCAUUCAUGGACCGGUCCGCUCCGCAGCUCGCCAAACUACAGGAGUCGUUCAUCACUCACAUUGUGGGACCUCUGUGCUCUUCCUACGACUCUGCUGCCCUUAUGCCAGGCCGUUGGGUUGACCCACCUGAGGAAGAGACGGAGCAAGAGGAGGCAAAGGAAGGACAAGAUACAGAAGAGGAAGGGGAGGAUAUGGCAGAUGAGGACGCAUCAACAAGUUCUGACACCUCCCAGCGACAAGAGACCAAAAAGGUGAGCAGGAGGAAAGUGUUUUGCCAGAUCACACAGCAUCUUUUGGAAAACCAUGAAAUGUGGAAAAGAGUCAUUGCUGCAGAAGCCCAGGAGGAGGACAAGAAAGACGACCCGAACUGCAUUAGCAGCCCCACUGAUCCAAUCACAGCCAUUCAUGAGGAAGAGGAGGAGCAAGCAAGCAAAGAGGAGGAGUCGACUGACUGCCUUGAUGAAAGGGAAGAGGUGCCGGCUAUAGAGGAAGAGGAAAUCUUUCUGCAAUCGGAGACUUCAGGGCAAAUAGAGGAGGAACCAGAGUGAUAUUAUAAACUUUGGCCUCCUCAUAAACCAGGAAUCUGAACGUUGUCUAAAAAUGUUUGUUUCUUUCCUAACUAAACUCUUGAUAUGGUAGCCAGCACAUCACUUUGACACAACACUGUAGAAGAUGUUUUGGGUAAUAUGUGCCUAACAAAAACUGGGUUUGAGGACAGGGAUGAUGCAUGCCCAGGUCAUCUGACAAAGGGAGGGAGGUGAGAUGAGCAAAAGAUGAAGGGACUAAGAAGUAGAGGGAAAAGAUGUACAAGAAAAAAAGAAUGACUGUGACGGUAUUUGUUUUUGUUGUAGUGUUUGUUUUAUGGAUCUGGUGCCCUGCCCUCACCCAGGCUGCCCAUCCUGCACUACGGGCCAAGCACGCUGAUUCACAGAUUCACUCCACCAGUGAGUAAUACACUGUCACGAGUCCACCCCACCCGCUAUCCCACCUUUCUUGUUGCUCCGAUGCUAUCAGGACACUGUGGAGCCACCCAGCUUGUUGAGGAUGUGCAACAAGCCCCUUCUCCUUGAAGACAAUGGGAUGAAAGCCAGGGAAAAAGCUGUGUCCACUGAGGCUCAACCAUGUGGAUUUCAGAAGGAGACGGAAAAUAGGGCCAGUUGUAGCACAUUGUGUGUACAGACACUCACCCAACACAAGCUUCACAGCCACAGACACACACACACACACACACACACACACACACACACACACACACACACACAAUGCUACAGUAGAAACACAUUCCAUACUCAGAACAGAUAGGAAAUUUAACAAAGAACCCUGUUGCUUUAAAAGCUUUAUUCUCGCUCAAGGAAAAACAUACAAAACAAGGUUUUGUUCAUGUCAAACGAUGGUUGUCCUACUUUGCGUGUUUUCCCCCUAGCUUUUGUUCCUUGAAGACAUCUACAAGUUUCCAGCCACACAACUCAGGAAGCCAGAAACCUGUAGAAAAAAAAGGAAAGCUAUAAGAACUUCCAGUGUUCUUUUACUUGCCACUGUUUUAAGAUUUCCUUUCUGUGCUGUUUGUGGUUCCCUUUGUGAAUCACAAAGGAACCACAAGGGAAACAAGAUUAUUGAUCCCAUUAUACUGAAUAUCAUGAUUCUAUUUAAUUUCAUCUGCUUCCUCUGUGUCAGCCUUCCAUUGGUCCCUAUGCUAUAACACAGCAGAUCAUACUGUUAACCACACUAAUUUAAAAGAUACAAAACUACGUAAUAAGGUAAUGUGUUUGGUAAAUAUAAUUUGUGUCCACAUUUUAUGUCACCUCACAACUUGUUUGCUUAAUCUAGAAUUAGACAAGAAUUCUGUCUUCCUGGCAAUAUCAUUUAUAGCCUGGUAUGUAGGCCAAAUGUUUCAGAAAGUAAUCCUGUAAGCCAUAGUGGCAGUAGCGUAAGGUAGUAACAACGGGCCCGAGUGCAGGCUGUUAUGAUGGGCCCUUGGGCUAAACAGUUACGAAGCACACGCGUGCGCACACAUACACACACACACACACACACACACACACACACACACACACACACUGUGUUCGUGUCUAGAAGUGAACCCUAUAAUGGCAAAUUUCUGUGCCUUGUUUCCUCGUUGUGCAUGGUUUAACAACUGAUUAGAUUAGAAGCAGUAAAUACCUAACCUACUUAAUUUAAAGCUCCUUAAAUCAAUUUCUUUUCAUAUUAACAUAUUAAAUUCAGCAGUUCUCUUUGUGUGCAUCUUUCUCCAACACACACACACACUGCUGCUGCUGCAGCAGCUGUGUUGCGUGCGCCUAGACGCAGCAAUCUAAAGUGCCAUCAUGUGAUGGAUCUUAGAGUUGGACUGUGUCACCUAGACUUUUGUAUUUGCAAAGUAGGCAACAGAAAUCAAAGAUAAAGUUAUAAGGAGCAUGGCCAGUGCUGUCAUUGUCAAAAUCCUGAAAUGUCACUGCAAACAGCUGAGUGCAGGGGAGGUGUCCACUGUGCUGAAAUGAGACAGAUUUUAUGGGCAUUUUCAGUACAAUAACCUCCCAAAUCACGGCAAACACAUUCGACAGAGAGGCAAGACAUUAUGGUGAAUAAGAAAGAAAAGUGGGCUACCCAUAACACAACACCAUGUCCUGAAAACAGGCCAGCAAAGGCGCACACACAAUUUAAUACCCACAAGCACAUCCACACAAACAGGUGCUCAGCAGCGACAUGUCCCCGAAAUGAUAAACAGUGGCACGGCAGCUGCACCAAAUCCACUGAAAAAGCACUUAUAAAGUUACUUACCUAUUUGAAAGGCAUCCGACGAGCCUGCAUUGAGCGAAAUCUUUGACAGUGUCCUCAGUAAAAAAUCCUAAACAAUCUUAUUUGGGAGCUUUGCGACCCUCUCCUCCUGUUCUUUUCUCUCCUGUCUCUUCUUAAAAUUACUUUUAUGUUUGAAUGGCAUGACUGCAAGCUUGCUCUACUAGUCUACUUGUCAGAUUUUGCGUUUCACCCGGUUUCUGGAGUCUUGUUGUCUUGUCACUAGAUUGGGCAGCCAUACACAUAUUACCCAGCAAUCAUCACUGCAUAUGUGGGCUAUGUGACAUGAAUACCAAAGAAAAUAAGUAAUAACUAAAAUCAUUCUGUGGAAUCUGUGGAAUAAAUUUUUUUGAUUUUUUAUAUUUCACCGUUUACCUUAUAGCAUACUGCUUGCUACUUUUGUCUUGACAAAAGUCUGUGGUGUCAGACACCAUGGCAAAGGAGGAAAUGCACAUCUGAGUGUAUAUCUACCACUCUCUGUUAAUAUAAAAAGUUUGAGGUGAGCUGGGUGUCUACUGUCAUGAUGAUGAGACUAGAUGAAUUUUCACUAUGUAACUGACAAAGUCCAGCUCGUGACAUGGUGGGGCUGCUCCUGUCACGGGCCCCCUGUAUAGUGCAAUUCAGUGCAGCUUCACUGUCUGCACUGUCAAUACCUACGUCCCUGCAUAGUGGCCUGGGCCAGAGCUGACUCACAGCUCCAAAUCACCCAAGAGGAUAUACAGUACGUCAAUAAGACAUUAAAAAAAGCUACCCUGUGGAGCCUAUUGCCAUCCAGGGGAAGCUGUGUACCCACAAUAUAUUAUCUGCAAGCCUCAAUUGGAUCCAUAUCAUUCAAUCUUUUAUUAUUUUGUUGCACAAAAAAGGCAAAGAAUUUAUUAUUAACCUUUUCUGAGCCAUGGAACCCAGUUUACUUUAUAAAACACUGAAAAACAGUCCCAGCUGCAUACAUGUAUAAUGAUGAUUAAUAUAUGAUGUUAAUUAUUAAUUUAUUAAGUGAAAUACUGUCAAAUUUAGGAUUAGUGGCGUGCAAGCCUCAUAGUCUCAAAUACGGUUUUCUGUAAUCUUCUGUGACACUGUCAGGGUUUUUCUUUUUUAACCUACACUGAGGAAAUCAAGUUGAGUUUUAGAAGCAGUCGAUCCUCACUGACAGCAAAUAAAAAAGGCACAAUGAUAGAUGUAAGACACAGACAAUGAUCUGCGGUCACUGCAAAUCUGCAUAGUUCCUUUUUAUUGUAACAUAUUUUGGUCAAAAGUUCUACAGAGUAAGCCGACAGUUCCAUUGAAAUCUGAUCGUAGACCAGCAGACUCACCACAUCUCUAGAUUUCUUUUCUCUCCAUUUGUAGUCACUGAUGACAUUACAUACAGCUUAACAGGUCGUGUCAGUGCUCUCCUUUGAUGUCUUUAAAGAUUUAGAUUGGUGGUGAUGGAGGAAAGUGUGAACAAGGAGAACAGCCUUAGUAAUGAGGCUUAGUAAUGAAAGAGGAAGGAAGAGAGAGAGAAGCCUCUUAGCUUGACUUGCAGCUGUGUCAGAGGGGUCUCAGAAAUUUUUCAAAUUUCAACAGAUUCCACUCGAUGUAACUCUUUGAAGAUGAGCCAGUUCAGUCGGAUUCAAAGUCAUGUGAUGAUCUAUGUCUGCAAAAAGUCUGAAAGGAUAUGCAGUAUGGUAUAUUUGAGCUGACAUCAGAAAAGCAACACGGGCACUUGUUAAGUCACCAUCAACAUUCAAAAACAAAAUAGCAAACAGUCAAUAUCAAGCUGUGCAAGUUGCGAGUUGCAGGUGAGUUCCUGGGUGAGGGUCGACCACUCUGAUCGCUACUGUUUUGAAAUUGAAACAGCAACAAUGACAUGAAAACCUCAAUGACAAAGAACACAAGAUAGAAAUACACAACAUCCACUAAGGACAUAAAACACUUUAUGCAACCAGUCCAUUAGACAGUAUUCACAUACGCUGGAUAAAAACAGACUGAGCAAUCUAUUAAACACUUGCCCUACUGUGACCCAAUUUCUUAACUCAUUUAGAGUUUUGCUAACGUUAAUACUGUCUAAAUCCUCGGCUGUAUCCAUUGCACUGUUAUCAAAAUGCCCAUUGUGCAAAGGAUGGCUAAACUGUGCAACAUAAUGCCCUUGACUGCUUAUUCCCUGUACUUACAAAAGGGCGCAGUGGUUGAGCUUGUUUUUACUGCUAUGAAAAAGGAAGCAUGUGUUAACCAAAGCCUGAGCGUAUUGUUCGUGUUUAGUUCAAGUUUUGACCUCUUAAAAGUCUGUUUUUUAUUUUAUUUUUGAUAGCUAUUGCAGACAUUCAAAGAUGGAAUUUUUAUUUUGAAACACCCAAUUGGGUUUGGCUGUACAAAUCAAUUAAAAGCAAAUGCCCUAAUGUUUAUUAUGUUGCUCAGCAACAGAAAAAAGUAAAAGUCUAAUCCCUGAAACAAUGUGUGUCUUACCUGCCAACACAAAUGGCAGCAGCGUAUUUGUAGCGUAUGCAGCAAGAUGCAGGAAGUGCCCUCCUGGACCAAAUGUCUUCCAAUAGCCUCUCCUUGCAUUGGCUUGUCAUACUACCUGUAGCAGUGAAAAUGAUCUUUAAACACCAGCUGAUACACCACUGGUCUGUGGGUCAUGUAAGGCAUUGACUGAGGUCUUUUAGUUGAGCAUUUCUGAAGCUCUGUACAGAAAUGUAGCUUUCAAACCUUAGUUAUUCUAAAAAUAACCAUGACUGUAAAAAGAUUUUGAUGAAAAAUGAAUGAGCUUGAGCUUCAUGCACUGUAAAUACCCUUCGCACCAUACAGUAUAUCAAUGCCUCACUUACAAUCUAAUGUGCAUCCUAUUGCUAUGUAUUUUUUCCUCAUUUCCCACACUUGUACCAUCCCAUGCUCCAUCUCUGUGUUUAGAAAUGUGUCAGCUUUCUCACACUCCCUUCACUUAUUUGCUUGAAUUUUGUGUGAUCAGAGAAUUCAAAGCUCACUAGGGAUUGAGUUAGUUAAAAUAGACUCUCCCCUCCUCUGAUCUCCCAGUCCUGCCUCACUAACUGUAUACACUACAGUGCAUCAAUCAAAGAGACUUAAUCAAAGCUGUGAUAGAGUUUACGGUCACUAUUUUUGUCAUAAACAAUCCAAAAUGAAUGAGACAUAUGGGGGUAGUCAACUGGUCAAGUUUCCAUUAAUUGUUUAAGAGCAGGUUUCAGUUCUUGUUGCAAUGAAAUUAAAGGACCAUGCCAGCGUUUUAGCAAAAAUCUUUGCUUUACUACAACUCAUUUAUACUUAACCAUUUUCAAAUGCCAUUGGAUUUUUUAUUUCUCUACAGCAUGAUAAUGUAUUGGCACAGUUCAGUACAGUGAACAUUUGUCUGUAUUAAUUUGCAUUGUUAUACAGUUUAAGUGUAGACUAAUUUGAAAACAAAGCACUGCAUUACUUCACAACAACACUGCAACUUGGAAACAUAAUGCAGACUCGAUGUUUGUUGGGGUGGAUCACAUAACUCAAACACAUUUAAAGAGUAUGCCAAUAGAUUUUCAUGUUUCAUCAACAUGGGCCACUGGUUUGUAUUAGGCAAUUGCAUGGCAUUCAUAAAUCCCGUUUUGCAAUAUCUUUGUCUAAAAACUGGGCCAGGAAAAAAGUACAGGGUCUACAACUAAAUUAUGUCCGUUUCUUGAAGCCAGUACCAGUGGUUUCUUUUAAAUGAUGAGAAGAAGGGGAUUGUUGCACACUAGAUUAACUUGUGCAAACCAAAGAAACUUUUUGAACUGUGUUUUUUUGUGAUUUGCACAAAAUUAGCCCUAUUAGCCCUGUUUCUUGCAUCUUCUUAUUUGUCAGUUUUGUCCAGAACCAAGGCACAGUGUCUGGAUAUGCAUAUACUUUGUAACAGUUCUCAUGUGAAGACAGGACAGAUAAAAGCAACAUAAGGACCAUGUUAGCAUUCAUCGAACAGACCGGAGCUCACGGUAUUGUCCGCAUGUCUUUACUGUCUGUUAUUAUUUCACUGCCGUGUCAGUACGCAGCAGUAGCACUUCAAUGGAACUGACCAACUGUUCUCAGACUGAAGCCCAGACCCAAGUUUCUUUUGAUGGUUUGAACCAAAAACAUUCCUUUUUGUAUUGUUUGUUGUUUCAGCCAUUUUAAAAGGCGCUCCUGUGCCAUACCAUUUUCAUAUGUAUGUAUGUAUGUAUGUAUACAUUGUUUGAAUGCUGUAUUCGUCAGCUUUCCUUGUUUGUCACAAAGGAAACCAAAACAAACUUUUUUUCACCACCUUUAAAGCAAGACAAACAAGACUGGUAUGUUUUAUCUACCAUAACAGGCACUUCACUCAAUUAUUGACUCAAUUAUUUUCUUCUCUCCAGUAUCUUGCACUUAACACAUGUAGCAAUACCUACAGGAUGGGGAAAUUGUGUGAUUCACCAGUAUUUGUUUAAGUGAAAUAUAACAUUUUAUUUCUAGAUAUUGUUUGACUUUGUAUAAAAAUAUAUACUGUACAGAUUCAAAAGUAUAUUAUAACAAAAAAACUUUUAGAAAAAUAUUUAUUUUUACUGUUUUGUAAUUUAGACACAAUACUGUAGCUCCUCUAUUGCCAGACUUACUGGAAGUGCCUCUCGAUAAUGUAUUACAAAGUAACUAUACAAUAUAUUGGGAUUAUUAGAACAUGUCACUAGCAGAGCAGUGUUGAUGUUGUAAUGUGAAUAUUGUUGAAUAAUAACAUUUAUAAAUGCUG